AAUGACAUUUGCCAAAUAAUUUCACAACGGGAAAUACUAAACACGUUUCGUUUUCAUUGUAGGAAGUAUAAUUCUCAAAAAUUUGCGAAGGUUGAUCUGAUUUCGAAUCAAAAAUGUCCACCGCCUGCAGUUACACCUGUCUGAACUGUAGUGUACGUUUCCAGAAUGCGGAAAUGCAACGAGAACACUACAAGACCGACUGGCAUCGCUACAAUCUGAAGCGCAAGAUUGCGGAGCUCCCUCCGGUGAGUGUUGAGGAAUUCGAGAAGCGUAUCAUUCAGCAGAAAAGCGCCGAUGCUGCAGCACUCGAGGAUCAGUCGCUUUACUGUAAGGCGUGCAAGAAACUUUUCAAGUCAAAAAACGCGCAUGACAAUCAUCUGGACAGCCGGAAGCACAAGGACAACUUGAAGGUGUACCUGGAACAAGAACCCAAUGCAAAAGAGCAGGAUGUGGCCGUCAAAUCAACUCGGAUUAAUAAAAAUGUGGCUACAGGGGAACAACCGAUGGAUGAAGAUAUAGAGGAGGUAGACUCGGAGCAGUGGGACGAGGAGUGGGAUAACCCGAUCGAGAACAACGAUUGCUUGUUCUGCUUGAACCACAGCGAGGAUAUAAUUAAAAACAUCAAGCAUAUGAGCGUGAAACAUUCGUUUUUUAUUCCUGAUGCAGAGUACUGUAUCGAUGUUGAAGGUUUGCUGACGUAUUUGGCGGAGAAGAUUUGCAGGGACUUUAUCUGCAUCUGGUGCAAUGAGAAGGGAAGGACGUUCUAUUCCUUGGAUGCCGUCAGGAAUCAUAUGGUGGAGAAAGGUCACUGCAAGAUGUUGCAUGAAGGGGCCGCACUGGCAGAAUAUGUUGAUUAUUACGAUUACAGUACCAGCUAUCCGGAUCACAAUGAAGAAAUGGAUGUUGACGCUGAAAUUGAAGCUCCUCAAAUCUUAGACGGCGAUGACUACCAAAUGGUGCUUCCGUCGGGCGCCGUAAUCGGUCACCGUUCGUUGUUACGAUACUACAAGCAGCGUCUUAAUCCAAACCGUGCCCUGGUGGUGAAAAAGUCUACCCAACGUCUACACAAAGUUCUGGCCGAAUAUCGUGCCCUCGGAUGGACAUCCACUCAACAGGAAGCAGCGGCUCGGAAUGCCCGGGAUAUGCACGUAAUGAAGAGACAACAGGCCAAACUAAUACAGCAAGUAGGGGUAAAGGCAAACAAACUGCAGAAACACUUCCGUGUACAGGUGAACUUCUAAAUAUCGCUGUAAAUUAUGUUUUUUGGCCUGUAUCACUUCUGUUCGGGCAGGCAUAAGCUUUGAAUAAAAUUAGGUCGUUAAUAUUUAAA